AUGUGGCCUGCCACCAGUAUAUCCUUCACUGCAGUGGAUCCCACUUGCUUCUCUGCAGGACCAGGAUCACUCCUGCUGCUGCUGGUGUUAAACCUCCUUCUCUGCAAGAAUGUGGCUGCCAGCCCUGCCUGUGCAGGUGGGGCUGCGAACUGCCGCUUGAGCCUCCAAGACCUGUUCACCCGUGCAGUCGCCCUGUCUGACAACAUCUAUAAAGUUGCUGAAGACACAUUCAGGGACUUUCAAAAAACAUAUGCCACUGGCCAGGAGUUCAUUUCCAGGGCCAUCAACAGCUGCCACACUUCUUCCAUUCCUACUCCAGCAGACAAGGACCAAGCCCUAAAUACCAAGUCUGGAACACUUCUGAGUACAGUCCGAGGCUUAUUGCGCUCCUGGGAAGACCCUCUGCAGCACCUGACCACCACAGUGAGGGAUAUGAAAGAAUUCCCAGCGGAUUUGAUUAGAAGAGUCCAAGAGAUUGAGUAUAAAACCCAUCAACUUCGAGAGGGCGUGGAGAAGAUAAUCAAACAGGUUGAAACUGGAGUUGUAAACAAUGACAUCUUUGCUGCCUGGUCUAGACUUUCAUCACUGCAGAAAGGUGACAAAAACUCUCGCCUUGUUGGAUUUUAUAACCUGUUCCACUGCCUACGCAGGGAUACAAAUAAGGUUGACAAUUUUCUCAAGAUCCUGAAGUGCAAACUUGUCCAUGAAGGCAGCUGCUAA